GCGCGCAGCGGCGAGACGGGCUACGUGCCGCCUGCCUACCUGCACCGUCUGCAGGGUCUAGAGCAGGAUGUCCUCCAGGCCAUUGAUCGGGCCAUCGAGGCUGUGCAUAACACAGCCAUGCGGGAUGGUGGCAAGUACAGCCUGGAGCAGCGUGGAGUCCUCCAGAAGCUGAUCCACCAUCGGAAAGAGACCCUGUCUCGUAAAGGUCCCUCAAUCUCCAGUGCUGCAGUUAUGACCGCAUCCACCAGUGAUCAUCAUUUGGAUGCUUCUGCCGCUAGGCAGCCCAAUGGGAUGUGUCGAACCGGGUUUGAAAGGCAGUACAGCUUGCCCAUUUCUGAGCAUCUUACGGCAGAUGGAUCCCUCUACCAGAUCCCACCCCAGCCUCGCCGAGCCGCACCUGCUACACCACCCCCACCGGUGAAACACCGAGAUCACGAGGCCCUGGUGGUCUCAGGGAAUGGUGGCCGCACCACCACACCCUCCGGGUGUAGUUCAGUGUCCAGUGGCUCUUCGGUCAACAGCACUUCUCUGGAUACGCUCUAUACCAGAUCCAGCCCCUCUGAGCUGGGCCUUGGCUGCUCACCCACGCCCCCACCAGUGCCUCGCAGAGGCACCCACACAGUGUCCCAAGCCCUGCCCUUUCCCUCCAAGGCAUCAGCCAGUGAGUCCCCUACAGAGGAGGUGGUGGUUCAUACAACUUCAGCCCCUGAUGACUUGGAGUCCCUGGGUGCACUGAGCCUGGGGACCACAGAGGAGAAGGCAGUGGCUGAGACAACUGUGCCAAGGACCAUUGGGGCAGAGCUGAUGGAGCUUGUGCGGAGAAACACCGGCCUGAGCCACGAAUUAUGCCGUGUGGCCAUUGGAGUCGUGGUGGGUCACAUCCAGGCCUCUGUGCCAGCCAGCUCACCUGUCAUGGAGCAGGUCCUCCUCUCGCUGGUAGAGGGCAAGGACAUGAGCACAGCCCUGCCCUCUGGGCAGGUCUGCCAUGACCAGCAGAGGCUGGAGGUGAUUUUUGCGGACCUGGCUCGGAGGAAGGAUGAUGCCCAGCAGCGGAGCUGGGCCCUGUAUGAGGAUGAGGGCGUCAUUCGAUGCUAUCUGGAGGAGCUGCUGCAUAUUCUGACUGAUGCUGACCCUGAAGUUUGCAAGAAAAUGUGCAAGAGGAAUGAGUUCGAGUCUGUCCUAGCCUUGGUGGCCUAUUACCAAAUGGAACACCGAGUAUCACUGAGGCUGCUGCUCCUCAAGUGCUUUGGGGCCAUGUGUGGCCUUGAUGCAGCUAUCAUCUCCACGCUCGUGUCUUCUGUGCUGCCCGUGGAGCUGGCUCGGGACAUGCAGACAGACACGCAAGACCACCAGAAGCUCUGUUACUCUGCGCUCAUCCUGGCUAUGGUGUUCUCCAUGGGGGAGGCAGUGCCCUACGCACACUAUGAACACCUGGGUACACCCUUUGCUCAGUUCCUGCUGAGCAUCGUUGAGGAUGGGCUGCCCCUGGACACCACAGAGCAGCUGCCUGAUCUCUGCAUGAACCUGCUUCUAGCUCUCAACCUGCACCUGCCAGCACCUGACCAGAAUGUCAUCAUGGCUGCCCUGAGCAAACACUCCAAUAUCAAAAUCUUCUCUGAAAAGCUGCUGCUGCUUCUCAACAGAGGAGAUGACCCUGUGCGUAUCUUCAAACAUGAACCACAGCCACCACACUCGGUUCUCAAAUUCCUGCAGGAUGUUUUCAGCAGCUCUGCCACAGCUGCCAUCUUCUACCACACAGAUAUGAUGGCGCUAAUUGACAUCACUGUACGGCACAUUGCGGACCUCUCACCCGGAGACAAGCUGCGCAUGGAAUACCUUUCUCUGAUGCACGCCGUGGUCCGCUCCACACCCUACUUGCAGCACCGCCAUCGGCUAUCGGACCUGCAGGCUACAUUGCGGCGCAUCCUGACUGAGGAGGAGACCUCACCCCAGUGCCAGAUGGACCGCAUGAUUGUCCAAGAGAUGUGCAAGGAAUUCCCAGUGCUUGGGGAGGCCCCCAGCUAA